UGAAAAUAAUUUAUUAAUAAUCAACAAGAAAUAAAAAAUGUGCAAAUUCGGUCUUGAAGAAAAUAAUCGUAUCAGACAUUCCGUGAGAAUGUAUGGACAUUUAGAUGAUUGUUUUAUAAGGAUUAGCAAGAUAUUGCCGCAAUACACACCAGAACAAAUUGAAAACCAUUAUAAUAAAUACCUUGACGAGGAAGCCCUGCCGAUAAAUUAUGAACGUAUUUUGGAAACAUAUGAAAAGCUUCAAGCGAUAAAUAUUAAGAAUGAACGAUUGCGGAAAUUAGUAUUUAUAUGUCAAGAAUUUUAUUCUUCAUUGAAAAAGUCUGUGGAACAGAAAAUUCAUAUUUAUAUUUAAUUAUUUUCUUGAUGAGAUUAAUUGAUAAUUCAUUGUUUGUUAUCU